GCGACCCCCGACAAUGUGUGCAUACCCUUACCGUACUUGAACGUAUCUUAUAUUUCCUGGCAACACUGCUUCCCGUUCGUCGAAGAGUUUGUCAAUUUUGACGUUUAGAUUCUUUUCUUGUCAAAGUCGGCAAGAUGACGAAAGGUACGUCAAGUUUCGGAAAGCGCCGGAAUAAGACCCACACACUCUGCCGGAGGUGUGGUAGAUCCUCGUACCACAUCCAGAAAUCAAAAUGCGCCCAGUGUGGAUACCCAGCGGCGAAGCUCCGUUCCUACCACUGGUCAGUGAAGGCUAAGCGCAGGAAGACCACCGGCACCGGCCGCAUGCGCCACCUCAAGAUCGUCAGGAGGCGCUUCCGCAACGGCUUCAAGGAGGGCAAGCCUACCCCCAAGAAAGCUGUCGCCUCCUCGUAGACUUUUAAACAACUAAUAAAUUAAAAAAGUCAC